AUGCCUGCACCGGUCGUUAAUCGUCCGACAGAUGUCCGACAGAAGGAAAAGGACAUCAAUCAAAAGCUGCAUCUCUUCGGAAUCUACCAAGCCUUCAAGUACGGCAAGCUUCCAUCUAAUAAGCAAUGCGAUGUUGCUUUGAAUAGCGCCCUCAAUUUCAAGGCUCUCACCCAUCCAUCACAGGAGCUAUCAGAGGAGGGUCAAAUACUCGUGGAAGACCUUCGACGGGUGAUUGAACAAGCCAAGAGGCUGAUUCUCAGCAAGAAUGAUGGCCAGCUACUUCAGGAAUUCAUUUGGGGAGCAGAACAUGUGGGCGUGGAAGAUGUGCAGAACAUAGAAGUUGGGAUCACCAAGGACUCCGCUCAACAAGAUGCGAUGCAGGCUAGGGAGGGAUUAAAGACUCUUGGGACACUGUUAAUUACCAACGGCGAGUUUCGAAAACUGCUUAGUGAUGCUAUGAUUGUCGUCCGUGAUAUUGCCAGCGAUGUAUCGCAGAAAGCUGCCGACAGACUCCGUCCAUCAGAGGAUCAACUGGCCCAAAUUGACCAACCUGCCGAGGAAAAUGUCUGGCAUGAAACUUCUGAUGUAUCAAAGUACAAAGACCAGGUCAAGUCUCGCUUCAAGAAGGAGAAAGCUCAAAAGGAAGCUGCCGACGUUGUCGAUACCGCUGCUCAAGCUGCCACCGGCAGCCGACAGGCAGUCCAAAUCGCAGAUAUUGAUGCGCAUGCUGGCGUUACUGCUGCGACUCAACAAGCGAAGGAGAAAAUACCCGAGGAGCAAAAGGACCGCACUCGGGAGAUGGCCGGCAAAGCGAAGAAUUAUUUGUCUCAGAAAAUACCACAAGAUCGACGGGAGCAGACUGUCUGGCGCCUUAAGAAGGUGGUUAUAGAGAUUCAAGGACACCGCGAUUACCAACAGGCUAUCGAAACAUUGCUUUCAAUGGCUGAAAAGUAUGGUAGUCAAACAAGGAAUAUUUCUCAACAGGGCGCAGGAAAUGUCCAGGGAGUCCGAGGACAAGAAAAUGUCCAAAACAUGGAAAAGAACCUGCGGGUUUUGAUAGAGCGUUUUGCACAUAGUACAUCUCUAGAUGACCUUUUUGACUCCUUGGAAAAUAUCUACCGUGAUGCAGAUAAGGACCCCGAGUUGAAGGGAUGGUUCAAGAAUGUCAACACCUUUAUUCGGAAAACCUUGCAAGAGCAGGGAUAUGUUAUGCAGGAUACCUGGUCUCAUCAAUAUGAUCAACUCGCUGAACAUGGACGGUAUUUACUCCGUGGGCGCUACAAGAACAACACAGAUCGCAUCUUGGACGAGCUGAAGUUUAUCGGCGAUCAGUUUAACCAAGAUCCACAGAAUAAGGCCUUUGGAGACUCGAUGCAGCAACUCUUCAAUGACCUGGGGCGUGAUUCGAAUGGCAAAGUUGCAUUCAAGAAGCAUCUGCUGAAGGAUAUUAGGGAUGUUAUUUUGCCCGCUGUGUUCGAGAAUAUCCGCUAUGUCCCUGUCCCUCGUAUUGAAGUUUCGGACCCGAUGGCCGAUGUGGUUAUUGAAAAUCUAGUGAUUGAGAGUGACAACCUCAUGCCCAACGUGGUAGAAUUCGGAAGUGACAACUACUUCCGUUGGGGACGUAAGAAGAUCAGCAACAAAAGAGACAACAAAAUCAUGAUUUCCGUAUCGGGUAUCCAAGCGGAUCUUAGGGAUGUUAGCUACUAUAUCGACAAGAAACAGGGCUUCCCAUCUAUUACCGAUACUGGAGUGAUGGAUAUCUUCCUUGGAGGCACGGGUUUUGGAUUCAAGAUUGCCGCAUCUACUGCUCACAAAGAGGACCGUCAACAUUUUGUCAGGCUAGAUAAAGUAGCCGUCAAGAUUGACACUAUUUCCGUGAAGUUGAAGAAGUCCAAGCAUAAGGUCCUCUUCACCAUCUUCAAACCUUUGCUCUUCCGGGUGGUUCGACCUGUCCUCGAAAAGGUGCUCGAGAAACAAGUUCGAGACGCAUUCAUGAAGGGCGAUGCAUUCGCAUACGAGGUGCAUAGCGAAGUCAAGCGCGCCCAGGAAACUGUUCACGAGAAACCUGAAGACGCACCGAAUGUCUACAACCGGUAUAUGGAUGCAUUCCGUACCAGAUGGGAGUAUAAAAAGCGCAGAGCUGCCGAAGUCGCUCCGCGUGAGACCAAAGUGCAGACUACAACCACACUGAAGGAUUCCCUUUUCCCUGAUAUCGAACUACCUGGCGGCAUCACUACCAAAGCUACCGAAUAUGACGAGAUCGCAAAGAAGGGUGAGCGCUGGGAGUCUCCAAUCUUCACUAUCGGCACCGCCCCAGAGUCAACUGAUAUCCCCAAGCCAGCCGACAUCUCUCGUAAAUCUCACACUACAGCUGCGGGUCAGUUGGCCGAUCAGCCUGCUGCUGGUACAGGGACCCAUGUUACCAACGGUGGUGCGGCGGGAGUUACCAAUGGUCACACCAAGACCUUGACAACCAACGGCCGCACUCAUGUCGAGACGAACGGCAAGCUUACCCAGAAUAUUUCCAUGAUUGCAGGAACGGACACUGCCUUUAACCCUCAAGCUGCGUAA